CGAGGAUUUUCUGAAUCCCCAACCCCCACCACAUGCAUCGUACUAUUCCAAUCUCAAGCAAAGCGUCAAGACUGCCCAUGACUUCGAAAAUGGGCAAUAAAGACUAUUAUAAAGGCACGCGAGCGGCAUUCGUUCCUGGAGGACAUAGGACGGGAGCCCCGGGGAAACAUAUUCGAAAGGGGAAGGGCGACUAUCGUUUAAUAGAUGAGCACGUGCGAUUCUUUGUCGCGCCGCCGCUGGCCAACAUUCUCGCGUCUCCGCUUAAACCAUACGUUUACAGUAAAAUUGUAUCUGGACCAAACCGUGCUGUAUAUGGGAAGCUGGACAAGAGUGGAUUCGAUGGCUUCCGAUACCUUCAACUUGCACGUCUUCAGCAGCCCGGACAUGAAGCAUUUGUAAAAUAAGUAUAUAUGCUCAAUCUAAAACGCCAGUGUGCCGGUGGUGGCCUGAUCCAUUGCCCUGUGGCGUCGAGAUGACAUCGCAGUGUG